AUGUUGGGUACUGCUCGUGGUGUCUCAUUAGGUUUGGGGAAAAUAAAUCUAUCAGCCUUGGACACCGGUUUACAAAGUCGGGAUGGUUACUUGAGGGCCAGACGAAAACGAGAAAAAGGACGACGCAAAAUUACAACCAAGAAGCAUGUUCAUAUUGAGUUCAUACAUCCACAUACAGCCCUUCUACAUCGAUUUAGACACUGUUUCGAACAUGUUCGGAUCACUCUGAGUCACUAUGAAAACUAA